AUGGCCAAGCAGUUAUUCCACAAGUUUGAUAUCACCAGCCAGUCGUUCUACAGAUCCAGUCUAUCAGCUGCGUUUGUAAAUCUCAAGCCUAUUGUGCCAGGUCAUGUGCUUGUGAUUCCGCAGCGCAAGGUGGAGAGAUUCACUGAGCUCUCCCCGGAUGAAGUAUCUGACUUGUUUUUGUCCGUCCAGCGCGUCGGUAAGGUCGUAGAAAGCGUGUGGCGAUCGAAUGCUCUCACUGUAUCAGUACAAGACGGCGUAGAUGCUGGCCAGACCGUCCCGCACAUCCACGUUCACGUUCUACCCAGAAAACCAAACGACUUUCCGUCCAGCGACCAGAUUUACGAAGAGCUGCAAAAGCAGAACAUACAGGGUAACUACGAGGAGCUGAUAAGAAACGCUAAAAUCAAAAUGGACUCGGAUCGCCAGCCAAGAACGUUAGCGGAGAUGGAGAAAGAAGCUGAUAUGCUAUCCAAGUAUUUCUAA